CAGUCCUGUUAGAGGUUUUACAAUAACCCAGAGGAUGACCAUGAUGAUAAAAGUGUGGCAGUUAAAUCAUUGUUGACACAAACCAACCUGCAACCUUCAGCACGGCGGACGCCAUGUUUGUACCUCGGAACCAAACGGCAGCCGGUUGUGUUUCUCGGCGAGCCUGUUUACCUGCGACACAGACGGACACACAUGUGGGAGCAACGAUGGCUAGCGGAGAUGUGUGGAGCGUGCUGGAGGAGUGUGUUAAGAAAAUAAAUGCCAACACAGCACAGCCAGAGAACUUUCUGAGCCUUCAAGAUGAGGUUGCAGCCGACUUUACUUCUAUCACCAAAACCCUGUAUGACCUCCACAAAGCUCAGGAGCCUGCAGAUUAUAAAGGCAGCCCGUUGGAUCAGCUGGUGGUGGAAAACUUUGAUGAAGAGCAGAUCUGGCAGGAGCUGGAGCUGCAGAACAACGGCAUACUGAAACACUUUAAAAAUGCAGUCGAAGAGGCUUUGUCAGAUGAAACAUUAACGGUGCUGGUAGAGGAGGAGGAAGAGGAAGAGGAGGAAGAGGAAGUAGAGACUGGCGAUGAAAAUGUUGAUGAAGAUGAGGAGGAACCACCUAGACAGUCUAAAAAAAUGGCGGUGGAGGAUGAGGUUGGGGCCGAGCAUUACUCAGAUGAGGACUCUGAUUUAGAUUUUGAUGUUGAUGCUCUGGAGAAGCGAGAGAAACAGAAGAAGGGUAUUGGAAGGAAAGGCUCCAAAACAAAGGUGGUUCCCUCUGAGGUUGAUGAUCGGUUCUUCAAACUGUCAGAGAUGGAGUCGUUUCUCGACGAUAUGGACAAGCGGGAGGGAAAGGGCGAUGAGAACGAAGAUGAGCUGGACUAUUUUCAGGACCUGCCCUCCGAUGACGACGAUGAUCUUGACUUAGAGAAAGUACUUUCAACCAAAAAGCAGAAGAAACAGAUUGGAAAGAGCUCCAGGAAUCUCAAGUACAAGGACUUCUUUGAUGGUGAACCAGCGAAAGCAGACGAGCAGUCAGAUGGCGAGGAUGACGGCAUGGAUGAAAGCCUGGAAGAAGGUGAAGAAGAAAUGGAUGACGAGGAAGAUGACUACUAUGGUGAAGAGGAGGGUGACGAUGAGGAUGAAGGGAACAAAACAUCCCGUAAGAAAGUGACGUUUAACCUCUCUGGGGACGAGGACAGCGAGGGAGAGGACAUGGAGGACAUUUUUGGAGGAAAAUCUGCACCAAAGUCUGAAUCAAAGUCGUCAUUUGAGAGACGGCAAGAAAAGAUGUCAGAGAAGAUCGAGGAGUUGGAGAAAGCCGCUCUGGGAGAAAAGCCCUGGCAGCUGUCCGGAGAGGUGACAGCACAGACUCGUCCAGAGAACAGCAUGCUGGAGGAAGAUGUGGAGUUUGAGCAGACAAGCAGGACCGCUCCUGGUAUCACGGAAGAAAUCACAUUACAGCUUGAAGACAUCAUCAAGCAGAGGAUUAAAGACGGGGCGUUUGAUGAUGUGGUCCGCAAGGAGAAACCCAAAGAGGAGGUGUUUGAGUACAAGAAGAGGCUGACGUUGGACCACGAGAAGAGCAAGCAGAGUCUUGCAGAAAUCUAUGAGCAGGAAUACCUCAAACAGAAUCAGAAAACGACAGAGGAGAAGGAGAACCCAGCCCAUGUAGAAAUUCAAAAGCUUAUGGACACGCUCUUCUUAAAGUUGGACGCUCUCUCCAACUUCCACUUCACACCUAAACCACCUGUUCCUGAGGUCAAAGUGGUGUCUAACCUGCCGACCAUCACGAUGGAGGAGGUGGCUCCUGUCAGCGCUAGUGAUGCUACGCUGCUCGCACCAGAAGAAAUCAAGGAGAAGAACAAAGCCGGAGAUCUUCUGGGAGAUACUGAGAAGACGUCAACAGACAAGAAGCGCGAGAGACGCCACAAGAAGGCGGUGAAGCGUCUAAAGAUCAAGGAGAAAGAAAAGAGACAGAAACUUAAAGAGGCCAGUAGCAAUGGGCAGAACAAAAAGCCAUCAAAGGCUGAAGUCACAGAAAGCCUGAAGAAACUCACAAAAGGAGGCAAAGCCAAGAUACUCAAGGACGAGGGGAAGGACAAGGCUCUUCGCUCCUCUCAAGCCUUUUUCUCUGAGCUGCAGGAUCAGGUUAAAAGUCAGAUCAAAAGUGCAAAGGACCAGUCGUCAAAGAAGAAGAAACACAAAGAGGUUUCUGUCAGCAAACUCAAGUUAUAACUGUGAUAAUCAACUUUUUAUUGUACAGAUUCUUUUUUAUGAGAAAGCUGCAAUGUAUUAAACCUGAAAGUCCUUGUUAAAUGUUUCCAUUUCAUUCAAAUAAAUCAAGUUCUAAGA